AUGGGGGAGACUACAACUCGCGUGAUUGAAUUCACCAAGCACAUUAAAGAUAUCAAGGUUACUGAGAAGAAGAAGGCUAUAUUUGAAUGUGAGCUCUCUGAACCCAACGUCCCUGUGAUGUGGAUGAAGGAUGGGCAGGAACUUGAGAUGUCUGAGAGAUUCAAAGCCACCACUGAAAAAUUCCUGCAGCGUUUGAUGAUCCAGACAGUGCGCAUGUCUGAUGCUGGAGAAUACUCUGUGGUUGCUGGUGCAAGCGUUUCCAAGGCAAACCUCAUAGUGGAGGGCAAGGAUGUCCGCAUCUCUGAGCCUGCUGAGAAGGACAUCACUGUGGUUGAGAAACAGAGGGCUACAUUUGAAUUUGAAGUGAAUGAGGAUGACAUUGAAGGCCGCUGGCUGAAAAAUGGUGUUGAAAUUCAAUCUUUUGAUGAGCGCUUCAACUAUGUGACAGUUAGAAAGACACAUCGCUUGACAAUCGCUGAAACUUACAGAAGUGAUGCUGGAGAAUACACUUUCAUUGCAGGAAAGAACAGGAGCACAGUCAAUCUGCAUGUCCAGAUUCCCGAGCCUCCUCAGAUCAUCAGGGACAUGGAGCCCUUGUCUGUUGAGGCUGGCAAACCUGCACGUUUCUCUGUGGAAGUGACAGGAAUUCCUCAGCCUCAGAUAUUCUGGUAUAAGAACUCUCAGGCACUGUCUUCUGGGUUCAAGUGUAAGUUCCUGAGGGAGGGAAAUGAGCACACAUUGCUGCUUAUCGAAGUCUUCCCAGAGGAUGCAGCUCAGUACACCUGUGAAGCCAAGAAUGACUAUGGAGUAGCCACAAGCUCUGCUUCACUUAAUGUGGAAGUUUCAGAAGUGGUUUCUCCAGACACGGUGGCUCCAGUUUCUCCACCAGUAAUUAUUACCUCAUUGCAAAAUACCUCUGCUGAAGAGGGAGAAUCAGCCAGAUUCCAGUGCCGUGUCUCUGGAGAUGAUCUGAAGAUUACCUGGUACUUCAGAGAUAAGGAAAUUGCGCAGUCUGACAACUUCAGAAUCUCUCAGUUUGAUGAUAGCUGCCAGCUUGAGAUCUCCAGAGCAUAUGUUGCAGAUGCAGGAGAAUACACAUGUGUUGCACGCAAUUCUGGGGGAAUGGUCUCUUGCUCUGCUGUUUUGAACAUCAAUGUGUCUAAAGUGGAUGAGGAGGCCAGUUAUGAAGAGGAAGCCAAAGCGCCUCCAGUUUUCAAGAAGAAGAUUUGUGACAUGCAGAGCAACAUCGGCAGCCCAGGGAAGUUUGAAUGUGAAAUUGAAGAGACAUCCAAUGUGACCUUUAAGUGGUUCAAGUCUGGAUCAGAGAUUAGACAGAGUGACAAAUUCAGGAUCAUCAGCAGGCAAAGUACAUCAUCUCUAGAGCUCCUCAACCCAACAAAGGAUGACGUUGGUGAAUACAGCUGUCGCGCUUCAAACAAGCACGGUAGUGACACCUGUUCUGCUAACCUGAACUUCACUGUUACUGGACUCCUGGAGAACCACCUCUACGAAUUUAGAGUUUCUGCUGAGAAUGCUGCUGGAGUUAGUGAGGCAAGUUCUGCAACUGUAUUCUAUAAAGCCCUGGAUCCUGUAUUCAAGCCAGGUCCACCACAUAAUCCAAAAGUGUUAGACAUGACCAAAUCAUCUGUUGUACUUGCAUGGGGAAAGCCUAUUUAUGAUGGUGGCUGUGAAAUCCAGGGAUAUAUUGUUGAAGCAUGUGAAACAAAAUCAGCCAUAGAGGAGAUACAGACUCCAGGAGAAGAAGGAAAGGCAGCUGCAGAUGAAUGGGCAAUCUGCACUCCACCAACAGGUGUUAAACUGACACGCUUUAAUGUGGAAAAUCUGAAAGAAAAGCAGGAAUAUAAAUUCAGGGUUUGUGCAGUUAACAAGGUUGGUGUUGGGGAGCCUGCUGAUGUUGCAGGGUCCAUACUGCCAGAGGACAAAACUGAGGAACCGGAUCUUGAUAUUGAUGCUGAGUUUAGAAAUGUUGUACGUAUUAAAGCUGGAGGUUCUCUUAGAAUGUUCAUCCCUUUCAAAGGAAGACCAGCACCACAAAUCAAAUGGGAAAAAGAUGGUGGGCAGAUUAAGGAAACAGCACAGACUGAGACCAGCAGCAGUCACACUUCUCUUGUGAUUGAUAAAGUCAACAGGGCAGACAGUGGUAAAUACACUGUUACUGCAGAAAACUCUGCUGGUGCAAAAUCUGAAACAAUUAUUGUGAAAGUCCUUGACACACCAAGCGCUCCUCUCAACUUCAAAGUUAAAGAAAUUACAAAAGAAUCUGUUACUCUUACAUGGGAGCCUCCCAUUUUAGAUGGUGGAGCAAAGAUCAAAAAUUACAUUGUUGAAAAACGUGAGAGCACAAGAAAAACAUUUUCUGCUGUUGUCACAAACUGCCACAAACUCUCUUGGAAAGUUGAACCACUUCAAGAAGGCUGCAGUUACUAUUUUAGAGUGCUUGCAGAAAAUGAACAUGGUAUAGGGCUACCUGCCGAUAUCACAGAUCCUUUGAAGGUUUCAGAGGUGCCACAAUGUCCUGGAAAAUUAAGUGUUGUAGAUGUUACUAAAACAAGUGUGUCUCUUUCUUGGGAAAAGCCAAUUCAUGAUGGUGGCAGUAGAAUUCUUCAAUACCUUGUUGAAAUGCAGGUCAAGGGUAAUGAUAAAUGGUCUGGAUGUGCCAAUGUAAAAACACUGGAAGCUGUAAUCAGUAAUUUGAACCCUGGCGAAGAGUACACUUUCAGAGUAAUUGCUAUCAAUGAAAAAGGAAAGAGUGACCCAAGAACACUUGCUGUCCCCGUGCAAGCAAAGGACCUUGUCUUUGAACCUGAUGUAAGACCUGCAUUUAGCAACUACAGUGUUCUUGUUGGAAAGGACCUUCAAGUUGAAAUCCCAGUUUCUGGUCGUCCAAAUCCAAAGGUUACAUGGACAAAGGAUGGUGCAGCCCUCAAGUUCACAACAAGGGUUAACAUUUCUAAUACAGCACACAGCACUGUUCUUAACAUCAAAGAAGCAGCAAGAGAAGAUGGUGGAAUGUAUGGAAUAAACGUGUCCAAUGUUGUUGGACAAAAGGAUGCCACCAUUGAAAUCAUCACUCUUGAUAAACCUGGCCCACCAACUGGCCCUGUGCGAUUUGAUGAGAUAACUGUUUCAAGCAUUACAUUGUCGUGGGAUUUUCCAAAGUAUACUGGUGGUUGCCCAAUUUCAAAUUAUAUUGUGCAAAAGAGAGAUACAACUUCUACAACAUGGGAGAAUGUUGCAAUUUCAUUAGCAAGAACAACACUUAAAGUCGUACGACUGAAGACCGGUGCUGAAUUUCAAUUCAGAAUCAUUGCUCAGAACAUGUAUGGCAAGAGCUAUGCUUUGGACUCUUCAACUGUUGUUGCUCAGUAUCCAUAUAGAGAACCAGGGCCACCAGGAACUCCAUUUGUGUCAUGUCUAUCAAAGGACCAUAUGGUUGUUGAGUGGAAUGAGCCAGUUUCAGAUGGCGGCAGCACCAUUAUUGGAUAUCAUCUUGAAAGGAAGGAGAGAAACAGCAUUAUUUGGUCAAAGAUAAAUAAGACACUGAUUCAAGAAACAAGAUUCAAAACCAGUCCUUUAGAGGAAAGUGUUGAAUACGAGUUCAGAGUAUAUGCUGAAAAUAUCGUUGGCAUUGGAAGAUGCAGCAAAAUCUCAGAGGGCUUUGUUGCUCGUGAUCCAUGUGAUCCUCCUGGAACCCCAGAAGCUGUCCAUGUGACUAAAAAUGCAAUAACUAUUCAGUGGACAAAGCCAGAGUAUGAUGGUGGAAGUGUUAUCACUGGUUAUACUGUUGAGAAACGUGAUCUUCCUGAAGGACGCUGGAUGAAAGCAAGUUUCACAAAUGUUAUUGAAACCAAUUUUACUGUCACUGGGCUGACAGAAGGUGCCAAGUAUGACUUGAGGGUAAUUGCAAAGAAUGCAGUUGGCACUAUCAGCAAACCAUCAUACAACAGUGGACCUAUUGCUGCAUUGGAUGAGGUAGAUCCACCAAAGUUCUCUAUUGACCCAGAAUACACUCAGACUCUAAUUGUGAAUGUGGGAGAUACAUUCAAACUUGAUGCUGAUGUUCAUGGUAAGCCACUUCCUGCAAUCCAGUGGUUUAAGAAUGACAAGGAGCUUGAAAACACAAUUAGAUGUGACAUCAGGAACACUGACAACAGAGCACUGAUUAUAGUAAAAGAUGCAGUCAGACAAGAUGGUGGAAACUACACUCUUCAGCUCACUAAUGUUGCUGGAUCUCAGACCGUUCAAUUCCAUGUUAAAGUCCUUGAUAAACCAGGUCCACCAGAAGGGCCUCUUCAUGUCACAGGCAUGUCCAGUGAUAAAUGCACACUGAUAUGGCAUGCUCCACUAGAUGAUGGAGGAAACACUAUCACUCAUUACAUUAUUGAGAGACGUGAGACAAGUCGACUUGCUUGGACUGUGGUCUGUAAUGACUACAAAACUACAACAUACAAAGUGACAAAGCUCCUGGAAGGUAACGAAUAUAUAUUCCGUGUCAUGGCUGUGAACAGUUAUGGUGUUGGGGAGCCAAUUGAGGCACCAUCUGUAAUAAUGAAAGAUCCAUUUAGUCAACCUGGAUCACCACAAAUUAUCGAAGUAACAAAUAUUGCAAAGGACUCUAUGACUAUUUGCUGGAGUGCACCAGAUACUGAUGGUGGAAGUAAAAUUCUUGGUUACAUCAUUGAGAAGAGAGACAGAUCUGGAAUUAGAUGGACAAGGUGCAACAGAAAAAAAGUAACUGAUGUAUGCUUCAGAGUGCAUGGCCUAAUUGAGGAUCAUGAGUAUGAAUUCAGAGUGUCAGCUGAAAAUGCAGCUGGAAUUGGAGAACCAAGCUUGCCAACUUCAUACUACAAGGCUUGUGAUCCCAAAUACAAACCUGGCCCACCCAUGCAUGCACAUGUUGUUGAUACCACCAAGACUUCAAUUACAGUGGCAUGGGGAAAACCCCUUAAUGAUGGAGGAUGUGCAAUUCAAGGAUAUAUUGUAGAGAUCUGCAAAGCUGAAGAGGAAGAAUGGACUAUGUGCACUCCCCCUACUGGCUUACGUGUUAACAAAUUUGAAAUCACUAAGCUAACAGAACAACAAGAAUAUAAGAUUCAAAUAUGUGCCAUCAAUAAAUUAGGUGUUGGAGAACCUGCAGUUAUUCCAGGAACUGCCAAGCCUGAGGACAAGCUGGAGACCCCUGAAAUUCACCUUGAUUCAGAGCUAAGGAAAGGCAUUGUUGUUCGUGCAGGAGGAUCAGUAAGAAUCAAUGUACCAUUCAAAGGUAGACCAAUACCAGAUAUCAAAUGGACUAAAGACGAAGGUGAACUGUCAGAAAAGACAGUGCUUGAAAAGGGUAUUAACUUCACCCAGCUUUCAAUUGACUCCUGUGAUAGAAGGGACUCUGGAAAAUACACUGUGACUCUACAGAACAGCAGUGGCUCUGUAUCUGAAUUUGUGGCUGUUAAAGUGUUAGAUACACCUGGAGCACCACUAAACCUCGUAGUAAAGGAUAUCAAGAAGGACUCUGUUACACUUGUUUGGGAACCACCACUUAUUGAUGGAGGUGCAAAGAUCAAGAAUUAUAUUGUUGACAAGCGUGAAUCCACAAGAAAAGCCUAUGCAAAUAUAACAACCAAGUGCAGCAAAACAACUUAUAAGGUGGAAGAUCUUGCAGAGGGGGCCAUGUAUUAUUUCAGAGUUAUGGCUGAAAAUGAAUAUGGUGUUGGUUUGCCGGUUGAAACAAAAACUGCUUCAAAGGCAUCUGAAGUACCUCAGCCAGUUGGAAAGGUGAUGCUGACGGAUGUGACAAAAGUAAGUGCAUCUCUGGCCUGGGAAAAGCCAGAGCAUGAUGGCGGUAGUAGGAUUGCGGGCUACUUGAUUGAAAUGCAGCCAAAAGGAACUGACAAAUGGGAUGUAGCAGCAAAUGUAAAAACAUGUGAGGGAACAGUCACUGGACUGACUGGCGGUCAGGAAUAUUUGUUCCAUGUUUUGGCAUACAAUGAGAAAGGCAAAAGUGAGCCAAAGACCCUUGCUGCUCCAGUUAUUGCCAACGACCUCACAAUUGAACCAAGCCUAAAGUUGCAGUUCAAUACAUAUAGCGUCAAAUCUGGAAAGGAUUUCAAACUUGAAAUACCUAUUUUUGGACGUCCAAAACCAAAGAUCACUUGGUCAAAGGAUGAACAGUCACUUAAAGUAACAUCCAGAGUUACUACUUUCUUCACACCAACAUCCACAAUCCUGCAGAUUACUGAAGCCUGUAAAGAUGACCUUGGAAAGUAUACAGUUACCGCAACAAACAGUGUUUGUGCAGUUACAGAAGAUAUCAGUAUCAUAAUCCUGGAUAAACCUGGUCCACCCACAGGACCAAUAAAAGUGAGUGAAGUGAGCAACAAUUAUGUUUCAAUCUCAUGGGAACCUCCGGAGUAUACCGGAGGCUGCCAAGUAAAGCAUUAUAUUGUUGAAAAGCGAGACGCCACUGAAACUACGUGGCAAGUAGUUGCUGGAUCAGUUGCCAGGACAUCCCUCAAAAUUACCAAGCUGAAAACUGGUGCUGAGUAUCAGUUUAGAGUCAUUGCUGAGAACAGAUAUGGUAAGAGUGCUCCUUUGGAUUCAAAGUCCAUUGUUGUGCAGUAUCCUUACAAACCACCUGGUCCACCUGGUACGCCGUAUGUGAAAUCUGCCACCAAAGAUCAAAUGAUAAUUGAGUGGAAUGAACCAGUCAGUGAUGGUGGCAGUUCAGUGAUUGGAUACCACCUUGAGAGCAAAGAAAGAGCAAGUAUUCUAUGGACAAAACUAAACAAAACACUUAUUACUGAUACUGUUUUCAAAAUAUGCAAUCUUGAAGAAGGCAUUGGUUAUGAAUUCAGGGUAUAUGCUGAAAACAUUGUUGGUAUUGGUAGAGCAAGCAAAGUUUCAGAGAGCUUUGUUGCCCGUGACCCAUGUGAUCCACCUGGAACGCCUGAGGCUGUUACAAUAUCAAAGGACCACCUUAAGAUUCAGUGGACAAAGCCUCAAUAUGAUGGUGGCAGCAAAGUUACUGGAUAUAUUGUUGAGAGAAGAGAUUUGCCUGAGGGCCGAUGGAUGAGGGCAAAUUUUACCAAUGUAAUUGAGACAGAAUUUACAAUCACAGGCUUAACAGUAAACAAUCAAUAUGAAUUUAGAGUAAUUGCAAGAAAUGCAGUGGGUGUCUUCAGCGAGACUUCAGACAGCACUGGACCAAUUACUGCUACAGAUGAAAUUGAACCUCCAAGUGUUUCAAUGGAUCCUAAGUACAAGGAUGUCAUUGUUGUCAAUGCUGGAGACAACAUAGUUUUGGAUGCAGAUAUACACGGUAAACCAACACCUGACAUUCAGUGGCUAAAAGAAGGAAAGGAAAUGGAUAAGACAUUGCGUAUUGAAGUAAGAAUUACCCAAAAAUAUGCUUCCAUUACAAUAAAAGAUUGUACAAGAUUGGAUGGUGGAGACUAUGAACUUGUAUUAAGUAACUGUGGUGGAACAAAAACAAUUCCAAUAACAGUAAAAGUUCUUGACAGACCAGGUCCACCAACCGGACCAUUACGAGUGACUGGCAUCAUGUCUGACAAAUGUCGUCUGUCCUGGUCUGAGCCCUUGCAGAAUGGUGGAGCUAAUAUUUCUCAUUAUAUCCUUGAGAAAAGGGAAACUAGCAGACUAUCAUGGACUGUUGUUGAUUCUAACAUUCCUAGUGUAAAUUAUAAGGUGACCAAGCUCCUGCCAGAUGAUGAGUAUAUCUUUAGAGUUAUGGCUGUCAACAAAUAUGGCAUUGGUGUGCCUCUAGAAUCUGAGGCAAUUAUUGCACGCAAUCCAUACAAGCCACCAAGUGUGCCAUCAACACCAGAAGCAAGUGAGAUAACGAAGGAUUCAAUAACUCUAUCAUGGAAUGCCCCAGAGAGUGAUGGUGGAGCAGAAAUUAAGUGUUAUCACUUAGAGAAGCGUGACAAAGAUGGUGUGAGGUGGACAAAAUGCAACCGACAGAAGCUGACCGAUCUUCAUUUCAAAGUAACUGGUUUGUUAGAGGGACAUUUCUAUGAGUUCCAUGUGUCUGCUGAAAAUGAAGCUGGUGUGGGAGAAUUUAGUGACCUAUCUCUGUUUUAUAGAGCAAUAAAUGCCACAACUCCCCCAGGUCCACCUCAUCAUCCUAAAGUGACAGAUCACACAAGCUCAUCUGUCUCUCUGUCUUGGGGAAAACCUGCUACUAAUGGUGGUGCAUAUAUGAAAGGUUAUAUUGUUGAGAUGAAAGAGGUUUCUUCAGAGGAAUGGAUCAUAUGCACACCCCCAGCUGGUAUUCAAGCAACACGCCUCACAGUUGAAAGCCUGAAGGAAAAUGCUGAAUAUAACUUCCGUGUUUGUGCAAUUAAUUCUGAAGGAGUUGGUGAGCCUGCUGAUGUUCAUGGAUCAGUGACUGCAUCUGAAAAGAUUGAAGCACCUGAGAUUGAACUUGAUGCUGACCUCAGGAAAGUUGUCUCUGUUCGUGCAGGAGGAUCCCUUCGUCUUUUCAUUACAAUUAGAGGUCGACCUGAGCCAUCCGUCAAAUGGGAAAAGGAGGAUGGGACUCUAACUGAGCGUGCUCAGAUUGAGUUCACCAGUUCAUACACCAUGCUUGUAAUUGACAAUGUCAAUAGAUUUGACAGUGGAAAAUACAACUUGACUCUUGAGAACAAGAGCGGCACAAAAUCUGCAUUUGUGAAUGUCAGGGUGCUUGAUACACCAAGUUCUCCACAGAAGUUUGAAGUGAAAGAUGUAAAGAAAGAUUCAGUAUCUCUCUGCUGGGACCCACCGCUUACAGAUGGUGGGGCUAAAAUAACCAAUUAUGUGGUUGAAAAGCGAGAAUCUACAAGAAAAGCUUAUACAACUGUCACAAGCAACUGCACACAGACUUCCUUUAAAGUUGAUGAACUGCAGGAAGGAGGAAUUUUCUACUUCCGUGUAUGUGCUGUUAAUGAGUAUGGCUUUGGUGUGAUGGCAGAAACAAAGAAUCCUAUUAAGGUUGCACAGGUACCUAUGCCUCCAGGUAAAGUAACUCUUGUGGAUGUCACGAAGAAUAGUGUGACACUUACUUGGGUUAAGCCUGUCCACGAUGGAGGGAGCAAAAUCAUCUGCUACAAUGUAGAGAUGCAACCCAAGAGUAGUGACAAAUGGGGUGUAAGCUGCACAGUUAAGGUUCCAGAGGCUACUGUGAGCAACCUCACGCCUGGUGAAACAUACUCAUUCAGGGUUAUUGCAUUGAAUGAGAAGGGCAAGAGUGAGCCUCAAGAACUUGGUGUACCUGUUGUAGCUAAAGAUAUUGAGAUUGAACCCUCUGUUCAUCUGCUGUUCAAUACAUACAGUGUUAAGGCUGGAGAUGAUCUUACUGUGGAAGUUCCUGUGAGAGGCAGGCCUAAGCCAGUUGUCUCUUGGAAGAAGGAUGGCCUUCCUUUGAGGCAAACAACCUCUCUUUCAAUUGUCAACACGAUGGUGUCAAGCAAAAUUGUCAUCAAAGAAGCUGCUAUUGAACAUGUUGGUAAAUAUGAAAUCACUCUUGCUAAUACAGCAGGCACCAAGUCCACAGACAUUGGCAUUGUUGUUCUUGAUAAACCUGGGCCACCAGCUUCAGUGAAGAUUGAUGCUGUGACUUCUAACAGUAUUACAUUGUCAUGGGCCCCUCCAGAAUAUGAUGGUGGAUGCUCCAUCAACAAUUACAUUGUUGAGAAGAGAGACACUAACACAACAGAGUGGCAGAUUGUUUCAACAAAUGUUGCCAGAACCUCAGUCAAAGUACCUCGAUUGACACAGGGUUCUGAGUACCAGUUCCGCAUCUAUGCAGUGAAUCGUUAUGGAAAGGGUAAGCCAAUUGACUCUCCAGGAAUUACUGCAGCGUACACAUUUAAACAGCCUGGCCCACCUUCUACGCCCCGUGUUGCUCAUGCCACCAAGGUCUUCAUGCUCAUCACAUGGAAUGAGCCAGUUAAUGAUGGUGGUAGCACAGUCCUUGGCUAUCAUUUAGAACGCAAGGAGAGAAGCAGUAUUCUUUGGACAAAGGUGAACAGGACAAUAAUCAAGGAUACUGAAUUCAAAGUAACUGGAAUUGAGGAAGGUAUGAUGUAUGAAUUCCAUGUCUAUGCUGAAAAUAUUGCUGGAAUUGGCAAAGCAAGCAAAGCCAGUGAGUCCAUAGCUGCACGAGAUCCCUGUGAUCCUCCUGGUCAGCCUGUGGUAACUAGCAUUACCAAAUCCUCUGUUUCUCUUUCUUGGACCAAGCCUGAGUAUGAUGGUGGAGCCAAAGUUACUGGCUACAUAAUUGAGCGUAGAGAUCUUCCAGAGGGUCGCUGGAUAAGAUGCAAUUUUACCAAUGUUGUAGAGACUUAUUUUGAUGUUACUGGCCUAACAUCGGAUGAGAAAUAUGAUUUCCGUGUCAUCGCAAAGAAUGCUGCUGGACUAUUCAGUGAGGCAUCUGACAACACUGGUCCUAUUACAGUUAAAGAUAAUGUAGAUCCACCACGCAUUAUGAUGGAUGUCAAGUUCAAGGAUGUUGUGGUAGUAAAAGCUGGGGAAACCCUGAAGAUUAAUGCUGACAUUGCAGGGCGCCCUCUUCCAGUUGCAUCUUGGUCAAAGGAUGGACAUGAAAUUGAACCGAAGGCAAGAAUUCAGAUAACUGGAACAGAUACUAGUACUAUAAUAGUAGUUAAAGACUGCAAAAGGAGUGAUUCUGGACAGUACGCUUUGACUUUAAAGAAUGUUGCAGGAAGUGUCACAACACCAGUAAACUGUGUUAUUCUGGAUAAACCAGGACCUUCAGCAGGACCACUAUCAGUAACAGGCAUCACAGCAGAGGAGUGCACACUGUCAUGGGGACCCCCACAAGAAAUUGGUGGCUCUGAAAUAACACAUUAUAUUGUUCAGAAACGAGAGACCAGUCGAUUGGCAUGGACACUUGUACAUGGAGAGGUCAAAACUACAACAUUCAAGGUCACUAAGCUCCUAAAAGGAAAUGAGUACAUAUUCAGAGUAUUAGCUGUCAACAAAUUUGGACUUGGUGAAGCCCUUGAAAGUGAAAUGGUCAAGGUCACUGAACCAUACACUAUCCCAGGAGCUCCAACAAAUGUUGAAAUUACAAGUGUGACCAGUGAGGAAAUGAGGCUAACUUGGAUAAAACCUGCAUCUGAUGGAGGCAGCGAGAUCCUUGGAUAUAUAAUUGAAAGGCGAGAGAAAUCUGGUCUUCACUGGGUCCGUGUGAACAGGGACCUUGUGAAAGACCUAACAGCUGUAAUAUCAAAAGUAAGAAGAGGAUGUGAGUAUGAGUUUAAGGUUUAUGCUGAAAAUUCAGCAGGCUUGAGUCCAGCCAGUGACCCAUCUCCUUCAGCAAGGGCAGAGGAUGAACUUUUGGUACCAUCCCAACCAACUAAACCUAAGAUUCUGGAUCAUACCAAGAAUUCUAUUACUAUUGCCUGGAAAAAGCCAUUAUCUGAUGGUGGUGCACAGAUCCUCGGAUACAGUGUAAAAUAUAAGAAUUCUGAGGAUACAGAAUGGAAUGUGGCUAUUCAGAUGACAAAAAGUAAUGAAUUCACAAUUUCUGGUCUUACAACUGAUGUACAGUAUGUAUUUGCUGUUAAAGCAAUCAACAAAGUUGGUGUCAGUGAACAGUCGCCUGUCUCUGAGUCACAGUCAGCAACGGAGAGAAAGGAGGAACCUGUAUUUGACAUUGACAUUGAGAUGCGAAAAACUUUAAUUGUCAAGCAUGGUAAUUCAUUCACUUUGACGGCUCCAUUUAAAGGAAAGCCAAUGCCUUCAGUUACAUGGAAUAAAGAGAAGGUUGAUCUCAAAGCAAGGGCAAGCAUAGAAACAACAGAAACAUGCACAUCUGUUACUAUUGAGAAAGCAACACGAAAUGACUCUGGACAAUACAUUGUUACUUUGGACAAUGGUGUUGGAACAGCAUCUUUGCCAGUGAUGGUCAAAGUCCUUGACACCCCUGGACCACCAACUAAUGUGAAAAUUACUGAAGUCACAAAAGAUUCUGCUACAGUUACUUGGGAACCUCCAGAGAAUGAUGGAGGAGAUGCUGUUAAGGCUUAUCAUGUUGAGAAACGUGAAGCAAGCAAAAAGGCUUGGGUAUGCGUAACAAGCAACUGUCACAGUCUGACAUACAGGGUUGAAGACUUGCAAGAAGGUGCAAUCUACUACUUUAGAAUCACUGGAGAAAAUGAGUUUGGAACAGGUGUAACUGCUGAAACUAAAGAUGGAACCAAGAUAACAGGUACAAUUAUUUCCAUGUUUAUUUGUCUGAAAAUGAGAAAAGAAUAG